AUGUUUGUCACAAACAGGGGUGUUCGGAAAACCGAUGUUUGUUCUCUUGGCAUCUGGUUUAGCGGUGGUGCUUAUGGGAGAACCGGUGAGCCGUUGUCACUCUCCACCGUUGGUGGUGUCAUGCAAAUUGAGAUGGUUGUUAGUUGUUGGUUUUUUGCGGAGGCGUUUUGUGUCAACAUGGUGGCGAAGGACAUUGAUCCUUCAACGAUUGGUCUUCAUAAUUUGCUCAUUGAAGCGGUAGUUAUUAUUGAGCCAUCUUGUUGUGGUGCUUCACUGGUAACUGGUGUGAAGAUGUGA